GAGAAAAUGGAAAGUGUUGCCGACGCAUUCAAGGGACUGGCUGCCACCGUGAAUUCACGGAACCCGCAGGUGACUGUAAAGCAGUUCUCUGACGCAUGCUCUCUUUUCUCGGGGCUCUUUGGUAUUCUUGAUACGUCCUUCAAGUUUGCAAAGAUGGACUACGUUAGCAAGCUCAAUGAUCUUGCCGCGGCAUCGCGUUCAAUAUCCACAUUGGAGGCAAUGAUUGACAAAGACAUUGAGGCAGGCUGUGUAAAGAAAUUUGGUAGCCAUACACGGAACCUUUUGAAGGUAAAGCAGGGUCUUGAAAUGAUCAAGGUUCUGUGCGAAGAGUUAUUGGCUACUGAAGGUGAUGACUCUCUAAAGGAUGCAGCAAUUAAGGCUUACAAUCAAGUGCUUUUUCCUCACCAUCAGUAUAAUAUUCAGAAAGCUUGUGCUACUGGGUUGAACUCUCUCCCCUCGAAGUCUUUGGUGCUACUCCUGAUCGGUGAAACUGAGGAAACGAUUAAUGUUCAUCUGCAAAGCUAUGUUACUGCAUCGACACCAGUAAUUUCAUAUCUGGACAAACUCUUCCUCUCCAAGAACCUUGGUAUCGAUUGGUGAAGACUCUGAAAACUCGCAUUGGCCCUGGUUAUUUUGCAAGUAUUAUCACUCUUUAAAGUCUCUAUUUUAUCAAUCUAUGCAUGUAAUGACAUUACGGCCUCCAAAAGCUGGAUCAUUUCAUGAACCGCUUUGGUUAUGUCCGAGAAAAACUCAAAUAAAUCAUCUUUAAAGCGUGA